GGCUGGACUGAGCGGUCCGAGGGCUGUUUGGGGCAAGCGCGUCGGUGGCGUCCCGGGUCCCCCAGCCCUCGCGAGGCCGCAGUGAGAACAAAGCGCCCCUCGAGAGCCCCGGGCCUUGGGAGGAUGGGGCUAGGCAAGGCAGUUGCGCGCGGCCUUACGGAAGGUGGCGGCCAGGCUUGACUGACAAGAUUCCACAGCUGGCUCUUGUCUACAUCCAGGGGCUAAUGGCUGGCGACAAAACCAAGAACUGUGAGCUGAACCAAAAGAAAUAUGAUGCUCAUGACAACGUGAAAAUCAUCUGCCUGGGAGACAGUGCAGUGGGCAAGUCAAAGCUCAUGGAGAGGUUUCUCAUGGAUGGAUUUCAGCCACAGCAACUGUCCACGUAUGCUCUGACUCUGUAUAAGCACACAGCCACUGUAGACGGCAAGACCAUCCUUGUGGACUUCUGGGAUACAGCAGGCCAGGAGCGGUUCCAGAGCAUGCAUGCCUCCUAUUACUACAAGGCCCACGCCUGCAUCAUGGUAUUUGAUGUCCAGAGGAAAAUCACCUAUAAGAACCUGAGUACCUGCACAGAGCCUCCAUUGACCCUCUCUCCAAACUCUUCCCUUUCCCUGGAUGGACAGGCCAAUGCCCUACUUCUCUCUGCAGCAGAUAUACAGAUGACACAAAAAAACUUCAGUUUUGCCAAGAAGUUCUCCCUGCCCCUGUACUUUGUCUCAGCAGCCGAUGGUACCAAUGUUGUAAAGCUCUUCAAUGAUGCAAUUCGAUUAGCUGUGGCUUACAAACAAAGUUCCCAGGAUUUCAUGGAUGAGGUUUUACAGGAGCUCGAGAACUUCAAGUUGGAGCAGAACGAGGAAAAUACAGCAGACCAAGAGCAGAGUGACAGGUCAAGAACCCGUCUCCCCCUUGAUCAGAGGACAGCAGCAUAUAGAUGAGUUGGGGUGCUGGGGAGCCUUUUGGAAUACUCAUACAUCUCUGGAGAACUUCUCCAGGCUACCCCUGCUCAACUUCCUGCAAAUUCACUGUCCUGUGGUUCAGGAUGAGGUCAAAACAAGCACACUGGACCAAUGUGACAUCCCACCAACUUCCAGCAGUAGAGUGAGGGACCAGUCAGUGUCUCACAUCUCCCCAUCCCACCAGGCAGUGUAGAAUCAGUGAAUAUGUUCAUGUGAUUUAGUGGACAUUUAGAUGUUUGUAGUUUUUCAUUCCAAACUGACCUCAGGGACCUUGACCUGCCAAGAGAAUGAUUGCUAACCCAAUUGCCCCAUUCCCCUGCAGCACGUGUGACACCUAUGUCCCUUUUCCCUUUGAGUCUCCCCACAAACUUUUUUAAACAAUGUUUUGGACAGACAACUGUUCAUUUCAGAUUUUAUUUUUUUUUUAGUACUGAGUGUUUCAGGACCACUUCUGGGUCAGGCUGAGAUCACAGGAACAAGUUUGCAUUACAGUUAAAUAGAAACAGAUGACAAGUCUAGCCGUAUCUGGUAAUGCACACAUUACUGUGCCCCACCACAGGAACCACAGUUUCUUUCAAAGCCUCCCUCAGAAUAGGAGGCUGUCCUCCAUUUCUCUAGGAUUAGUAAAAACACACCUUCUGUAGGUGUCGGAGAACUACAGAGGAAGACCUGCUGCCUGAAGCUAGUUGGCAUUUAUGAUUGUCCAGCAUCAUCUGAAUUUUAUUCAUUGUUUUCUUUGUAUUGUAUCCUUUUUUACAAUAAAGAUUAAAUUUCACAAA